UUGUUUUUUGGGUUUUCAAAUUUAACGGCAGUUCCCUUACAAUUUUUUCAGUAUUUCACUUUCAUUGUGCAACCCGCAAAGCAACCCUUUCAGUUUUCAUUCUCUCUUUCCCUUAAUUACUGACUUCAACUUCUUCAUCUCCGGUCUCCUUCUUCAUCUCUGGUCUCCUUCUUCAUCUCCGAUCUCCGGUCUCCUUCUUCAUCUCCGGUCUCCUUCAGUCGGAAUCAACUCUCACCAUGGUGCAAACAAGAUCAUCAUUUAAGAAGAAUACAACUGAUACUAAUGUUGAGGUGAAUCGGGAUGUUACUGAGGCAUCAAACAGGAACACCAUGAUUCAGAAGAAAAGGAAGACGAUUGCUGAGAAUUCCAUCUUGAAGCCAAUUGAAGCAAGCAAGAAAACAACUAAGAAAGUAGUAAAUGCUCGGGAUGCUGGGACAUCCAAAGAUUCAAAAUCGAAGUCUGUUGUGGAUCCAUGUAAAGACAAAGUGAUUUUGAGAAAAACAACAAAGACGAGUAUUGCUCUAGAUGUGUACUUGUGCGAGUAUCAGAAGGAGUACAUUAAGAAUCAUCCUGGUGAAACAAAGCUACCUGAAGAGGAAAAUUUUAAGGCACAAAAAAAGUUUCGUGAACUGGUGAAGACGACAAAAUAUUACAUUGUUAAGAAGUAUCUUAAGAAGUUCAAGGAUGAAGAAGCCGCAAGGAUUGCCAGAAAUCCGCGAUGUGUUCGCUAUUUUCUUGGGUUUAAGUUGUGAACUGUCAUCUCUUAUGCUGCUGUUACAAUGGGCUUGUAGUUUGGGUUUGUAAUGACUUUCUGCGUGCACAAGAUUAUAAUGAUGCAACAAUCUCUUUUAAAAUAGCCCAGCCCUGAUGGCUUUUGAACUUUGAAUACUGUAUGGUGCAAUAUGGUGCAAUAGCGAUCAGGUAGGUAGCUAGGUUUAUAGGUUUAUAGCUUUAGACGUGGACGGUUAGGGUUCACUGCCCAUGAGAUAUGCAAUAUGCAAUAUUUAAACGUGAUCACGACGGCUCAUUGCCUUUAUCAUUUACUCCUCUUGCUUAACCCAACUAUAUGUGGCCUCCAAAUACCUUUUUACUUUCUAACAAUCAUAAUGGCUUUGAUGGCUUUUUGAUUGGGCUUCUCAUGGAAAAAAAAUUCAUAAAUAAUUUUUCAUUUAGUAGAAAAGCUGAUUUCAAGUAAAACAGUAACAAUGUUAGCUUUUUAAUGAAUAUUAUUUGUUGACUUAUUUUUUUUUCUGAUAAAUAGCGAAACUAAUACCUAUUUUACCAAUUACAUAACCUUAUAAUUGGCUUAUUUAGAUAGGUGAAGAGCCAAUAUUUACCGUCUUUUUGUCACAUAUUCAUAUUGCUACAUGAUGCUUUGAGUCGAAUGUGCGUAAGCUCUAAAAAAAACAUUUUGGCUUGAAAGAAGUUAGCUCGAGCAAGCUUGGAAGUUUCUCGAAUGAACUAAAGGAUAAGAACAAAGCAGUGAGUUGAGAGAUCGAGGGCCAUUUGCUCGAACAAGUAAGCAUAUGCUCAAUCAAGCAUAUGCACGGAGGAGGCUUGAUACUUCUGAAAUAUUUUUGUAUGCUCGAACGAGAAAAUGAAUUGCUAAAUACAGCAUGUGACUGGUGUAUUGAUUAAAAUAAUUUUCAGAAUUCUGCUUUAGGUUUGACAUUAACUUGUUGGCUUUUUUAUAUUUCUUGUGUAUGUUAUGAUGUGUAUAUGCCUUAGGUUUGGUUGAAUGAUGCGUCAUUACUGGUUGGUGAAUCCCCUACAUAGUUACCUUUAAGUUUCUCAGGUAAUGUUAUUGACAUCUCUAUCUCAAAAUAAUGUCAACCGAAAAAUGUGUUCCAAACUUGAUACCGGAUCAUAUCUGAUUCGAAUAUCCGUUAUUCCGGAUACUUAAAAAUGCGACCCGAUUUCGUCUCGGAUUAAACCGAGUAUCUGGAAUUUGGAUACCUGGUUUAAUCCGGGUCGGAAACCGAAUAUUCGGUUUUGUUUAUUUCCUUAAACAUGUGUUUUUUUUUCUCUUUUUUCUUUUAGAAUAUCUAAUAUAGAAGGUAAAAGGUUGGCUAAAUAGAAGGUUUCGACUUUGAGAAACCAAAUUGGGGAGUGAGAAAGGAUGCAGGCUGAAAAACAAAAAGGUUGAACCUAAUAUUAUGGUUUCCAAAAUAUUUUAAAAAAACGAAUACCGGGUAUUCGAAUUUUCAUAAAUUGCGAUCCGUAUUGUCCCGAAUACCCGAUUUAUAAACUGAGUACCAGGUCCGGAUUAUCCGAAUUUUGUUAACUGGAUAAAUUAUCCGGUUUUGGAAAUUAGAUACCAGAUAAUUUGGUUCGCGUUUUCUAAAUCCGAUAUUUUUGAAACUUGAAACUUGCCUGACCCAUGAAAACCAAAAAUAAUUAGGUUAAAUCCGACCGAAAAUUGAACCCAACUGCUUUGAAUAUCUAAUUUUAUCAAAAUUUUUAGUUUCUAGUCAUUAAUAUUUUGUGGGGAUCUACUAUAUUUCUUAUUUAACGGAGGUUUACGUGGGCCGAAAAUAAAGCCCAAAAGCUUCUGCAUGAAGCUGUGGGAAAGGAAGCUGAUUUUGCGGGCUAAAAGCCUCGCGGGCCGCGCUUGAUCAGGCCCAAUCAGCGGCUGGAUGGUUUCCAAAAACUAGAAAAAUUGAAAAAAAAGAGUUUUGAACAAACUUUUUCCGAAAAUAAGCUUUUUUCAAACUUAAUUCCCAAAAUAAGCGUCUGUACAUACGAAGGUAGGCUUGGUGUAUAGUCGCACUUAGUAACA